GAGGCAACUGAACGGCUCUGUGUACAUAGAACAGGUUAUGAAGAAGUGAACAGGAGGAGGAGUUUGCUUAGUGAGGCAAGUCACAGAAUUUCCUUAGCUAGCCUGGGUUUGGAGUCAGGCCGUUGCCUGACUUGCUCAUGCAUACAGACUCUACUUAAGAGGAAGUGUGGAGAGGAAGGAAGCCAGCACAAGAGGGUGCAGGCCUGGGAGCUUUGAAGAGACUAGCCAUAAUGCCUUUGUCACCAAAAUGCUCCCUAAGCGCCUCCGGGUGUGUGUAGGGGGCAAUUUUUAAUUUGUUGCAAACUAUAAUUUCUCUCUGCUACACAGCACUUAACUGGCAAAGGAAGUUCUAGAGGUUUCUCCACAGUCCUGGUCCCCAAAUUUGGGGGAUCACUAUUGGUCACGGAGACUGGCCAUGGAGGCCAGUCACUGCAUGGAGUGCCUCAAGGCUAGGCAUCUAGCCCCAGCCAACUUUCAAAAGGGAAAGUCCUGCCCCAUUUGUGUUCCCCUCGGGGCCAUUCUGGCUAAGCCCCAGAAACCUAUAGCCAUCCCCAUACUCUGUGGGCUGCCAGAACCUGGCCAGGAUGUGAGUCCCGGCAACCUAGGUCCCCUAGCGCCCCCUACAGCCGCGGCGGGGUGGGGGUGGGGAUCGAGUUGGGGAACGGGAGACAAGGCUGUGAGCCACGGCACCACACCCAGGACCCCACCCAGAUCACAGGAGCACUCAGCCCCCAGGCCACAGAAACGGGGCGUGGGCCGGGGCCUGAGGCAUCCCUGGGCACUACGAUUGCUCCGCCUGUGGCCACCAAUUCCCCUCCCCUGGCGUCCCUCUCUCCGCCCCUGUCGCCCGCCAGUACCGGACACGCUGCUACACUUCAUCUCUUGGGGCGCUCUUCGCCUUGGCCAACCGUCGCAUCCUGUGCAACUCUGGUCAGUGGCCGUUUGGUGUUGAAUGUUCCCCACCAAGAGUGCAUGGCUGCGGAACCGAGGCGCAGACCCGGGCCCCGAGGGGUCGCCCUCUGGGAAGCGGUGAUGCUGUUGUUGUACCUGGAAGUGCCUGCGGGGUACCCCUACAACCUGGACCCCGAGAGCGCGCUGCUGUACCAGGGCCCCUCCGGCACUCUGUUUGGCUACUCGGUGGUGCUGCACAGCCACGGGGAAAAGCGCUGGCUCAUCGCGGGGGCGCCCACUGCCAGCUGGCUCUCCAAUGCCUCAGUGGUCAAUCCUGGGGCGAUUUACAGAUGCAGGAUCGGAGCGAAUCCAGGCCAGACCUGCGAACAGCUCCAGCUGGGUAGCCCCAUUGGAGAGCCCUGUGGAAGGACAUGCUUGGAAGAGAGAGAUAAUCAGUGGUUGGGGGUAACACUUUCCAGACAGCCAGGUGAAAAUGGAUCUAUUGUGACUUGUGGGCAUAGGUGGAAAAAUAUAUUUUACAUGAAGAAUGAUAAUAAGCUCCCCAUUGGUAUUUGCUACGGGAUGCCUCCUGAUUUGAGAACAGAACUGAGUAAAAGGAUGGCCCCAUGUUACCAAGAUUUUGUGAGAAAUUUUGGAGAAAAAUUUGCAUCAUGUCAAGCUGGAAUAUCUAGUUUUUACACACAGGAUUUAAUUGUGAUGGGGGCUCCAGGAUCAUCAUAUUGGACUGGCUCCGUCUUUGUCUACAAUAUAACUACAAACAUAUACAAGGCGUUUGUAGACAGACGAAAUCAAGUAAAAUUUGGAAGUUACUUAGGCUACUCAGUUGGGGCUGGUCAUUUUCGAAGUCUGCAUACUACUGAAAUCGUGGGAGGAGCCCCUCAACAUGAACAGAUAGGAAAAGCAUAUAUAUUCAGCAUUGAUGAAAGGGAACUGACCAUUGUACAUGAAAUGAAAGGUAAAAAGCUUGGCUCAUACUUUGGAGCUUCUAUCUGUGCGGUGGACCUCAAUGCAGAUGGCUUCUCUGAUCUCCUUGUGGGGGCUCCCAUGCAGAGCACCAUCAGAGAGGAAGGGAGAGUAUUCGUGUACAUCAACUCUGGCUUGGGAGCUGUAAUGGAUGAAAUGGAAGCAGCACUCGUCGGAGGUGACAAAUACGCCGCAAGAUUUGGGGAAUCCAUAGCAAGUCUUGGUGACAUUGACAAUGAUGGCUUUGAAGAUAUUGCUAUUGGUGCACCACAGGAAGAUGAUUUGCGAGGUGCUAUCUACAUUUACAAUGGCCGAGCAGAUGGGAUCUCAUCCACCUACUCACAGCGAAUUGAAGGACUUCAAAUCAGUGAAUCACUAAGGAUGUUUGGACAAUCUAUCUCAGGACAAAUUGAUGCAGACAACAAUGGAUAUGUUGAUGUAGCUGUUGGUGCUUUUCGAUCUGAUUCUGCAGUGUUGCUAAGGACAAGGCCUGUAGUGAUUGUUGAAGCAUCUUUAAGCCAUCCUGAGUCAGUAAAUAGAACGAAGUUGGACUGCACUGAGAAUGGACUUCCCUCUGUGUGCAUGGAUCUAACACUCUGUUUCUCAUAUAAGGGCAAAGAGGUCCCAGGCUACAUCACUUUGUUUUACAACAUGAGCUUGGACGUGCACAGAAAGGCAGAGUCUCCAUCGAGAUUUUACUUCUUCUCCAAUGGCACUUCCGACACAAUCACAGGGAGCAUACGAGUGUACAGCAGUGGGGAGAAAUGUAGGACACACCAGGCAUUCAUGCGGAAAGAUGUGCGAGACAUCCUCACUCCUGUUCAGGUUGAGGCCACUUAUCAACUUGGGCAUCAUGUGCUCACCAAACGAAACACAGAAGAGUUCCCGCCACUUCAGCCAAUCCUCCAGCAGAAGAAAGAAAAAGACGUGAUCAGAAAAACGAUAAACUUUGCAAGAUUUUGUGCCCAUGAAAAUUGUUCUGCUGAUCUGCAAGUUUCUGCAAGAAUUGGAUUUUUGAAGCCAUAUGAAAAUAAAACCUAUCUUGCUGUUGGGAGCAUGAAGACCAUAAUGCUAAAUGUGUCCGUGUUCAAUGCUGGAGAUGAUGCUUAUGAAACAACCCUGAACAUCCAACUCCCCACAGGCCUAUAUUUCAUUAAAAUCUUAGAACUGGAAGAGAAACAAAUUAACUGUGAGGUGAAAGAGAGCUCUGGCAUGGUGAAACUUGCCUGCAGCCUUGGCUACAUAUAUGUGGAUCGUCUCUCAAGAGUAGAUAUUAGCUUUCUCCUGGAUGUGAGCUCACUCAGCCGGGCAGAUGAGGACCUCAGCAUCAUUGUACAGGCCUCCUGUGAAAAUGAAGGAGAAAUGGACAAGGUGAAGGAUAACAAAGUGACAUUAGCGAUACCUCUAAGGUAUGAAGUUAUGCUGACUGUUCACGGGUUUGUGAACCCAACUUCAUUUGUGUAUGGAUCAAGUGAAGAAAAUGAGCCAGAAACAUGCCUGGCAGAGAAGCUGAACUUCACUUUCCACGUUAUAAACACUGGCAUCAGCAUGGCCCCAAAUGUUAGUGUGGAAAUAAUGGUACCCAAUUCUUUUCUCCCUCAAACUGAUAAGCUGUUCAACGUUUUAGAUGUCCAGGCGACUACUGGGCAAUGCCAUUUUAAACAUUAUGGAAGAGAGUGUUCAUCCGGACAGCAAAAAGGUGUAGCAGAGACCUUGACAGAUAUACUCAAAUUCUUAUCAAAGACUGAUAAGAGACUCUUGUAUUGCAUGAAAGCCGAUCUACACUGUUUAGAUUUCUUAUGCAAUUUUGGGAAAAUGGAAAGUGGGAAAGAAGCCAGCGUUCACAUCCAGCUGGAAGGUCGGCCAUCCCUCUUGGAAAUGGAUGAGACUUCAUCACUCAAGUUUGAAAUAAAAGCAACAGCGUUUCCAGAGCCACACCCAAAAGUUAUUGAGCUAAAUAAGGAUGAGAACAUUGCCCAUGUUCUCUUGGAAGGGCUCCAUCACCAAAAACCCAAACGGCAUUUCACCAUCGUGAUUAUUACCAGCAGCUUGCUGCUUGGAUUUAUUGUACUUUUACUAAUUUCAUGUGUUAUGUGGAAGGCUGGGUUCUUUAAAAGGCAGUACAAAUCUAUUCUACAAGAAGAAAAUAGGAGAGACAGCUGGAGUUAUGUCAACAGCAAAAACAACGAUGACUGAAGACUUUUAAAUUAAGAGAACUGAACAAAGACUCAGAUUUCUUUUAUAUGCAAUUACAUGCUACUUUGGAAUCAUUCAUUUCUUCCAGGCUUCCUCCAUAAAGCCUGAUCAGUCUUGGGUGCAGUCUGUAAAUAAUAAUAUAAAACUGAUUAUCUCAUUUACCUGCCAUUGUUAUUUUUCACACACCUCAUGAGUGUGUUACAUAAAGCACAGAUUAACAACCAACGAGCAGGACUACAAGCCAGCAAGCUGAAGGACCAAAACUCCAACAUUUGUGACCAUUCCAGAACCUUCUCGAUCACCUUUCCAGCCUGGCUAAUAUCUUUCAAUGCCUCUGUGAAGAGCCAGUUGUUUGAGAACAUCCCAUCUGGGGGUGCUCCAUAUGCACUUCAAGGCUGCUAAAAGCCAGAAGGCUUACUGGGAGUGAGUGUGUAGGCUCCUACAACUGUUCAUACCCAUCAUUCACUCUUGUCAAUAUGUACAAUGUGGUAAAUGCUUUGUAAAGCUUGAAAAAAAAAAAAGCCCCCAUACUUUAUAUGCUGUCUUGAAAUAAAAAGCAGGACUUGAUUAAAAAGCAGUGUUCAACACAGUAUUAUGGUAUUACAGCCCAGUUUGGGGGAGGGGGCUAGAAACUGUGGCACUAUAAAUAUUAUAUUUCCAAAAGGCUUAAAACUUCCGUCUAAGACCAACAUUGUAAAUUGUAAACAUAUUAUCAGUAUAGCUUAUGCAAAGUAAUGAUUUGCAAUGCCAGCACAAAUGCUCAUAUUUGUAUUUAUUGAACUGUGUGCGUGUCUUUUUACAGUUUGCUAACUUACUGGUUUUUAAUCUUCUAUACGGGCAUUUAAGAGGAAGAACCUCAUAUUCUGCUAGUGGCGUUAUGUCUGCUAUUCUGCACAGCAAGUGUGAAAUAGUGGACUUACCUAAUGUGGACCUCGGAUGCAGCUUCCAUUAAGUCACCAUCUACAUUCCAAGGAAAUCUGCUUUCUGGAACAAUUGCAAGGUUCCCACCCUCCUCCUGCUGGUUGUAUCCAUUGCUUUUACCCCUUGGACAGAUUUUUACUUCUUCAAUGGUGUAAGUCUCCACAAAGGGAAAAUUGAACUAAAUAGAACAAAUGCAGAUAAUAGUGAUGCCUUAUUGUGUCUCUUAUUACAAAUAAGUUUCACCAUCAUACUGACAUUUUUUAUUGUUUUGAAACUCUGACAAGAUAGCCCAGGUUUUCUGGGGGAAAAAAAAUGCCUCUUCCCAGAAGCUUUUCAGGUCCAACCAACUCUACUGUAUGACAGACAGUUCAUACUUGUGAAGAAUUUCCAACAAUAACAAUGCUAUAAUUUCCAUUUAACGAUAGACUUUUCAAUUGAUCCCACUGACUUCAUUGUUACCUUGUUUAGCUAAUGUGAAACAAAUCUGAGCAUUAAGUUUCACACUUGGAAUUUAAUUCAAAAGAACCUAAAUCCAAACUUAUAGACAGUACAUAAGAAAAAGGGAAAAGGCAAUCAAAUACGAUUUCCCAGAUCUUCACCUGCUAUUUUAACAAAUGGACACAAGGGUCAAAAUAGUUGUUAUUAACCAUUCUAGAACGUCACUGGGUGAUGUUCAAGUUGCAUUUUUUUCUUCUUUGCCAAAGGAAAUUAUUGGGGGUUGAGGAAACAAUGAAUCCUCAAUUAUAUCUGUGUAGAACCUUCUUCCAAGUAGGAUGAAGUGCAAAGACAAGAAGGGUUAGGACUUGAAUAUCUGGGGUAGGGAACAGAUACGAUUUAGCCCUUCAUAGCUGUUCUUGGUAACUCACAGAAAUUCAUAGCCUAUGAAAUGGUGGUCAUGCAGUCGCUUCUCUAAGGAUGAGGCAGGCACUGAAAGCUUUAUACCCAGUGCUGGAAAUCUAAUGUAGUCAUGACUCAAAUAGCCUCACUGAGAUCCAGGCUGGUCAGAGUUGUUUGGAGCUGAGGUGACCAUGGACUCCACUGUGUAACUCACUUUAUUGUACAGUUUAAGCUAUAAUAUCUCCUGGGCCUUUGUUCUUU